GUCGUUUCAUGCGGAAAACAAAUGUACGUGUCGCUAGCAGCAUCCUCCUCGGUGCAUUUUCCCAGCGCGAUCACAGCCUGAUAGGAUGUCCUGGAUCAUGUGACGGGAAGCGCCGCAUUUUCAGCUGAAAACGAGCUAGGAUAGUCGGGAAUCGCACAUCCAGGAGGUAAUCCCGGCAUGGGGGACAUGAAGACCCCAGAUUUCGAUGACCUGUUGGCAGCAUUUGACAUUCCUGACAUCGAUGCCAAAGAGGCCAUCCAGUCUGCCCCGGAGGAGGCGGAGGGGCCCCAUGGAGCCGCAGGAGCCACCCUGGGGAAGCAGGACAGUGUGGUGGGUGUCGGGUCAUCCCUGAGACCGCCAAGCCCAGCUGACCCGCAGGCGGACACCUCCAUUGUCAGCGUGAUUGUGAAGAAUAAAGUACGACUGGAGACCGUAGAUGGAGACGAGGGGGACGCAGACCAGGACCCUAUUGAUGUGAUCGCGGGGGUUGAUGUGGGUCCCAGACUGGGUGCCUGUGCCCCUGGGAUGGCUGAGUCUGAGGCUUUGAACCACAACGGUUUUGGGGCGUCCGGUGUCUCCACGCCCCUGCCCCUCAGCCAGGCCCAGUCCAACGGAGCGCCGUGGUCAAUGAACUCCCCCAAAGUGUCUUCAGAAGCAGCAGGUGCAAGUAAGGCGCACAAGCAAGGGGGGAACAUUUUCAACAGACUCAAACCGCUCGUGGCACAGGGGUCUGGAGAUCCAGUGGGUCGGGCCAGGAAGAUGCAGCUUCUUCAGCAGCAGCACCAGCAGCAGCAGGACACAGGCCAGGAGAGGGCUGAUGGGGUCAAAGCAUCAUUACCAUCGUCCUCCUCUCUAUCAGCGGGGUCUUCUCCUCUGGCUGCUGGUGGGCCCGUCGGUCUAGCCUCACCUUUCUUUCCCCCUUCCAAGCCUCUGCUUCCAAAUCCACCCUCUGCCCUCUCAUCACACCCGCUGCACUCGUCUCAGCCUUUUAACGGAGCUCCCAAAAGUGGUCCCGCUGGUUUUCAGCACCAGCAGAUGGAGGAGGAUGAUUCUGACCCUGAUUUGGGGAGUCCGCUGGUGAUCCAGGAGACCCCAGACUCCCCGACCUGCACUCAGCUGACCCAACGUUACAAGUCAGACUCUGUCUCAACUCAGCCUACAUCCUCUACUUCGUCUCACCCUAAACCCGGGGACACUCCAUCUGGGGCAUCUCUGACUUCCUCAACCCCACAGUCUGGCUCAACGGAGAUUCCCCAGCUGGAGGACCGGCACCCAGAACAUGUCAUAGAAGAGAGGGACUCUCCAGAAAGUCCUGAGCCAGAGAUCCCAAAAUCAACUGCUCAUGUCAGCACGAAGAGGUGCUCCAGCCCCGCAGUGGCCUCCACUCCACCUCCUUCUGAGCUGCGGGAGCCCAAAGAGGAGGAGGAGGAGAUGGAGGUGGGGAAUGGGAUAGAUAGGGAUGUUGAUGGCAAAGCUGACAAGGGAGAAAAUGCGAGAACGAGUGAGGAAAAAAUGGAGGUAGAUGAUGGGAAGCCUAAACCCCCUUCCACUGAUGGAGAUGUUCCUGCACCUGCUGCUUCUGGAGCGCCGUCCCGACCCUUGAAAGUCAGAAUAAAAACAAUUAAAACCUCCACAGGUGGAAUCACCAGAACUGUCACCAGGGUGGCGCCUAAAGGUGCUGCUGCGAAAGGUUUGGACGCUAAAGCUCAAAGUGGAGAGAGAAAGCUGCUGGGAAACAAAGCCCAAAAACUUGAAGCGUCCCCCGGUCACAUGACAACAACAUCCCAGAAAGUAAGUGCUCUCAAUGCUCUGCCUGUGUCCACACUCGCAGCCAGCAGCGUGAUGCUUGCUGCCGCCACGAAGGUUCAAAACAAAAUGGCUGCAUCUGACAAGGCCAAGGUUUCUGCCACUGCUGUGAGCAUUACCAAAUCUGCUGCUCUGCCUGCGACUCCAGCUGUGACCUCCUCUCCCAAGUUCUCUGUAGCUGCCGGUGGGAUCAGCGUACGCACAGCCACUAAUAAGACGGCUAAUGGAGGCAGUGGCACCCUCUCUCCGAACAAACCCGCUUCCAUCGUCAACAGCACAGGGGCUGUCAUCUCCCGCAGUCAGUCGAGCCUGGUGGAGGCCUUUAACAAAAUUCUAAACAGUAAGAACCUUUUGCCGAGCUACAAGCCUGACCUCUCUGCCCCCCCGCCUCCAGAGUGGGGUCUCCCGCUCCCUGCCACAGGGUACCGCUGCCUGGAGUGCGGAGACGCCUUCGCCCUGGAGCGCAGCCUGGCUCGCCACUACGACCGGCGAUCGCUUCGCAUUGAGGUGACCUGCAACCAUUGUGCUAAGAGACUGGCCUUCUUCAAUAAGUGCAGCCUGCUGCUGCACGCCAGGGAGCAUAAGGAGCGUGGGCUGGUCAUGCAGUGCUCGCACCUGGUCAUGAGGCCUGUCACCGUGGAGCAGAUGAUUGGACAGCAGGACAUAACACCCAUUGGUGUCUCCUCUCCCUCUACCACAUCCGGGGGUCCCGCCAUGUCUGCCAACUCCAGCCCGAUGAAGGACGCCACAUCCCCAGCAGCAUCUCAGCCGCGGCCGGUCCGCCGCGCGCCUCAGGGUCCCCAAGCACUGAUGCCUCUGCCCUGCAAGAAGGCCGACGUGCUGCAGUACCACAACUUCAAAUGUCCGGAGUGCCAAACACAAUUCUCUGGCAAGGCUGAGCUGGUCACCCACUUCCAGCAGAUCAGAGCUGCUCCUAACUCAACAUGUACGCAGUGCUCACCUCCCAUGAUGCUGCCAAACUCGUGUGCUGUGUCCGCCCACCAGAGGAUCCAUAAACACAGAGCGCCCCAUGUGUGUCCUGAGUGUGGCGGGAUCGCCCGGCAGGCCAGCUUCCAGACCCACCUGGAGGAGGCGUGUCUGCACUUCGCCAGGCGCAUCGGCUACAGGUGCUCGAGCUGCCAGGUCGUGUUCGGAGGCCUGAACUCCAUCAAGUCGCACAUUCAGACGGCUCACUGCGAGGUCUUCCACAAGUGCCCCAGCUGCCCCAUGGCCUUCAAGUCUUCCCCCAGCGCCCAGAGCCACAUCAGCACCCAGCACCCGACGCUUACCGGAGGACAGGCCAAAAUGAUCUACAAGUGUGUGAUGUGUGACACGGUUUUUACCCAAAAGCCCUUGCUGUACAUGCACUUUGACACUCAUCUAGCCAAGCAGAAAGUGCACGUGUUCAAGUGUCCUGACUGCACGAAGCUCUACGCCCAGAAAGGUUCAAUGAUGGAGCAUAUUAAGACCACACACAGAGGCCCAUCAGCCAAACAGGAGUCUCAGUCGGAGGCCCCUAACCCUGCCUCGGCCCCGACCAUUACAUCCAGCCCCUCUGGCCUCAAAUCAAAGUCCUCUGGAAAGCCCGACAACUCUGACGGGGAGGACUGGGGAAGAGAGCAGGAAGAAGAGGAGGAAGACGACGACGAUGACGACGAUGAUGCCGAUGAGGACUACGAGGCUCCGGGGGCGACCUCGGCGGGGGGCAGCAGUCAUCUCAGCGCUCAGACCGAGUGGACCUGCCCCCAGUGUCAGUCCACAUUCACCGACAACGACAACUAUCUGAGUCAUGUGAAGACGGAGCACGGCAAGUUCCCCUGUCGUAUUUGUGGAGGCACGUUCAGCACGUCCUCCAGCUUGAGACGUCACGAGCGCGUCAUUCACGAGGGCAACAAAAGAGUCUUCCAUUGCCAAUACUGCACAGAAGGCAAGCGCACCUUUGGCAGUCGGUUCUUACUGGACAAACAUAUUCGGCUCCACCACAGAACCCCGGAUGGACAGGGUGCCCCCGUGACCAGGAAGCGUGCAGCCACUGGUGGAGAAGGUAGCUCCUCAGAACAAGACGGUGAGGGCGUGCCCCCUGCAGUCAGGGCAGGAGACGAGGAAGAAAACGCCACAGAGGAGGGCGAGGAAGGCAGCGCUCCCCCCAAGAGAACCAGGGCGUCCGUGGCAUCAACGUCACUCAGUGAGUUAGAAGAGGAAGACAACGUUUUCCGCUGCGUCCCCUGCGGCUUUUCCACUGAGGACGGCGCAGAGUUUCAGCGCCACAUCCCCCAGCACCGGGCUGACACCGCCUCAUUCCAGUGCCUGCAGUGCGGCGUCUGCUUCGCGUCAGCCGGCUCUCUCGGCAGGCACCGUUUCAUCACUCACCGCGUGCGGGAUACCCAGAGUGAAGCAGAACGGGGCACCGCGCGCCCGCACGGCUCCCCGGAUGGCUCUCCCGCUGCCUCCCCGCAGGCGCUGGGUGAGGACGGCGAUGGGAACCUGAGCUGUAGGGUGUGUGGCCGACGUUUCGACAAGGCAUCGGACCUCAACACCCACUUCAGGACCCAUGGCAUGGCCUUCCUCACCGCACACAAGACGGACAAGCCCCAGUAGAGGCGGGGCGGGGUCCUCUGAGACUGACGGGUCGAGUGUCACGCCCGAGCAGGGAGGCGGCAGAAUAUGAAUGUCGAUGAAACGGAGCUGCUUCCUCUGCUGUUUUUUUAGCUACAGUAAACAGUUUAAAUCUACGGCACCUCGUGUGUGCGAUUGUAACUGCAUGUUUGAUCAUGUAACUGGUCACUUGACUGAACGCACCUGUGACGGUGGAACGGCUCUCAAACAGCCCCCCCCCCCAGUAAAGAAUUUCUAUAUCAGCCAUAUUGUUUCUCAUCACUCUGCACUGAGUGUCGCCACCUGCCUGUUUCCACAUGUAUCGCAUAUUUUAAUACACAACACUUCCCCACUGUACUCAUGA